AUGGGUCAAGCUUUUCGUAAGCUAUUCGAUACUUUCUUCGGCAAUCAGGAAAUGAGGGUCGUAAUGCUGGGGCUUGAUGCUGCUGGCAAGACAACUAUUCUCUACAAACUUCACAUAGGAGAAAUAUACGUUGUUGACUCUUUGGACCGAGAGAGGAUUGGGAAAGCAAAGCAAGAAUUUCAGGAGAUCAUAAAAGACCCAUUCAUGCUCAACAGUAUCAUUCUGGUGUUUGCAAACAAACAAGACAUGAAAGGAGCCAUGUCACCGAGAGAAGUAUGUGAAGGGUUAGGCUUAUUUGAUCUCAAGAACAGGAAAUGGCACAUACAAGGGACGUGUGCUCUGCGUGGAGACGGGCUUUAUGAAGGCUUGGACUGGUUAUCAUCUACGCUUAAAGAUGUCAAAGCCGCUGGUUUCACCUCCGUUGGACCUUCGUUUUAA